AUGGCAGGUAUAUUAAGUUUUCCAAAUGUCUGAGUCACAACUCGACAUGGCAGUUGUAUGCGAAGUAAAGAAGGCACUUGUAACAAAUCCUCACAUUUAAGCUAAAGUUUUCCUUGUAAUUACCACCGGAAAGUCUAAUUUAAGUUCAGAAUUCCUCAAUGUUUCUCGCCACACAAGUACCUAGGUUACACUUCAGUGGGAAAGGCCAGUGGUUUCUGGCCAAGGCCUUGCUUACUUGCCUUUCUAAAUAAACAGCUGAAUCUGUUGGACCCGACACAAUUGUCGCCCUUAAAAUUUGUACUUGACUCAGGCCAUCUGCUUGUCGCUUAUUUUUGCCAUCUUGCGCCUGUUAAGAGAAAUUACGUGUAGUUCUGUCGAGCCAUCUACACCCCUUAUGUCCUAUAUUAUAGAAAUAAUUGUGUUCAUGGUUUUUUUGAAAAGGUUAACACUUGGCACAUUACCCCCAUAGCUCAAGAAAGUCCUGCCCUCGCCCUCAGAGGUUUCUUUCUCUCUCCCUCUCUCUCUCUCUCUCUCUCACACACAACAAUUAUUUUUUUAAUUGAUCUACACUAACACUUUACAUGCUUUAAAAUCCAUGUUUAUAUCAGUGCAGUUUUUGCAAGAGUUUUGAUAAUCUUUUAAAAGUCCAGAAUAGCACUCGAGAAAUAGUAGAAAUUGGCUAUUUAAUAAUAACACUAAAAUUGCCGAUAAAAAGAAGGGAGACUGGGAUGGCCAUUUCUGGCUUAUUAGCCGUCAUGUGCCAGAAAUGGUCAUUCCAGUCUCCCUCGUUUUUUCGGUAGUUUCAUUCUGCUUAUAUUAUGCGCCGUUGCGCACCCGCUGGUUGAGCUCGAGAGUGAGCCCGUAAGGCAGAACAGGACGAGCGAGUUCCGUAACACGAUCGGUGGGUGCCCCUCUACCAAUUGGCCAUUUGUUGGGCCAAUUAAACUACUCUGUAGUAUUUGUACCAGUGAUUGCUCAAAUAAAGCUACCUUAUUCUAAUACCUUUCGGUCUUGUGAACUAGGCUUGCUGUCUUUCACUAGGCAAUGCCAUUUUCGGCAGUGACUUUACGUAUAAGAAGAUAGCUUAUUUGGUGCGCCAUACAUGACCAGUCGGACAUGUCACGGUGCAUGAUGGUAAAGGGAAGAGAGAUAGAACCCGACACCUAGUCUGCAGUUCUGUAAACUAUGAUUAUGCGCUAAAAGUCAUAACCUGCAAGGUUUCCGACUGACGGAAUAACGCAAAUUGCGGAUUUCUUUGCAAAUAUCGUCGAACCAGUCCCAGCUCUGAUGGCAUGUGCGGCCAAGGGCUUUCUCUGCGGUAGAUUGGAUAACUCCACUUAGUGCCCUCCAUUGGAUUUCGGCAGGGGCAUUUGAAUUCACAGCUUGCCUUUGUUCCACUUUCAUAACCAUUCAUUUUUUAAAAUCCAUUUGCCGUUCGACUGCAUCUAAUAGUACGGUAGUUUAACUGCUACUGGCUGACCGCGCGGUUGUCUACGAGGCUGUAGUUGAAGUCUCAUUUUGGAGACGACAGGACCGUGGUCUGUCCAGUCAUCGGCAGCACACACUGUCUUGGCCACUUGCACUUGACAAUGGCCACACCUCCGGACGGGGACGUAGUCCAGCAGCUGCCAUUUACGCGAACGAGGGCGCACUCACGUCGUAUUCUCUCGGAUCGGGGGGCCGAAGGUGUUGGUCGUGAGAAGACCGUGCUCGGCGCAGACCCGAAGGAGGGAGGGAGGAGGAGACCAUCGUUGUUGCGGCUGCUUAUCCCGUGGCGACCUAGCAGUCGCUCCUGGGUAGCGUGGUCUGUACUCACGCGGAUGUUGAAGUCACCAAGGAUAGUCAGUUUGUCCGCUUGCGACACAGUCUCUGAGAGGGCGUGUGGAUCUUCGAGGAAUUUGAGCUUCAUGUCGUCGGGACAUGUUAGUGGCGGAACAUGGGCUCUGAAGAUGAGGAAAUGUUUUCGCUUCGGUGGGACAGACGCAGUGUCAUUAGACGGCUACUGCUGCCCAGCGUUUGGCAACACAAGCGUCUCACCAUGCCGUUACUGAUGGCAAAUACCAUUACUUCGCUGAGUUCUUGGGCGUCCGUCCUAGAAGGUACACGCAACACAUACGUCGUCCAGCUGUUCCUAUUUGAAGAAUCCUUGCUCUCUGAGAGCUAAAGUGUCCCCUUUGUAACGAACCAGCUUCCGGUUGCCCAAAGCUGUUUUCUCUGGUUGAUUGAGGCAGCAAACAUACUAGUUUGCGAGAGUCAGCGGGGUCGCUCUGAAAAUGUGGCUUGUACGACAGUCUCCAUCCUGCAGAGCCCUUCUGCAUCCUCUCCUAAAGUCCUACAACUACAGUUAGCGACCGAUCUCAUGAAAUGUUGGCUGAAAUUGUGAAAUGUGUUUUCGGUUAGGAAGGUUUACUUAAGCGCGGUUGCAAAACUGAUUUUCUUGCGGCAUAAUUCUAUAAUAUUUCGAACUCGGCAGGACGCCAGAUUUUGAAUGCACUGCUCUUAAACCUCUCAUAAAAACCUUAUUGGGCAAGAAAUGACUACUUAAGUAGCAUGCAUUCUUCACAUUGAUUUUCCAUGGUCUUGCAAAUUCAAAUAUAUUUUAUAGAAACCACGAACAGAAAUAUACUUUCUUUAUGUCGUUCGAUGGAGAAUCACGUCGUCUUUAUACUUUAUUCUCGAAGAAGGAGUAUAAUUAGGUUUUGAAAAAGUUUCUAAUUAUGAGAUUUUUCAAGACCGUGCAAUGUCCAUUCAUACAGCAUCGUACCUGUCUGUUUACCACUGCUAGUCAUAAAAUGUACAACCUGGUCCACAUCCAUUGCAAAAUUUUAUGGAUCCUAUAUAGCAUCUUUUUAAAGGCAUAGAAGAAUAAGAUAUUUUCUUUACGGGAAACAUAUGCACGUUGUAGACUGAAAUCACUAAGCGCUAACGCGACGGCUGAUCAGGCUCCAAAUUAUUCGGGAGUUAAAGUUUUUUAAAAAUCUAAUUAUAAUCCUUUUCGAGUGUAAAAUAUGAAGACGAUGUGAUUCUCUAUCAAACGACUGAAAGAAAGCAUAUUUUUGUUCCGGGUUUCUAUAAAAUAUAUUUGAAUUUUCAAGAACAUCGGAAAUCAUUGUAAAAAAUGCAUGCUAAUUAAGUACUCAUGUUUUACCGAGUACGGUUUCUACAGAAGAUUAACACGUAGAGCAUUCAAAAGCUGACAUCCUACCGAGUCCGAAAUAUAUUAGGACUAUGUCCCAUGAUAAUGAAUGUUUCAACCCCACCUAAGUAAACCUCCCUAAUCGAAAACACAUUUCAGAAUUUCAGCCAACAUUUCAUGAGAUCGGUCACUCACUGUAGAUUUUCCAUGGGAUAUGCAUUUUAUCAAAUUUAGUAAUGGCAGAAUUUUACUGCUGUGUUCUAACGGUUCUUUUUAUUUGUAAACCCACUGCUUUGCAUUCUCAGAGAACUCCUGUGAGAACCACGCUGCCAAUGUACCCUGCGCCGACCGCGUGUGGAUCGGGCCCUCGGUGCUCAACGGCGAUCUCUCCUCCCUUGCUGAUCUUUCAGUUAAGUUGCUGGACUCUGGUGCAGACUACCUCCACUUAGACGUCAUGGAUGGUCAUUUUGUGCCUAAUAUCACUUUUGGCCACCCUGUAGUCGCCUGUCUGAAGCCAAAACUUCCACACUCCACCUUCCUCGAUCUACACAUGAUGGUGUCUGAACCAGAGAAGGUAGCUCUUAUACUGCGGCCUUUCCUCUUACAGUCAGUGACCUGUCUCUUGAAAUGUUGACCGAAAAUCUGAAGUGCGUUUUCGGCUAGGAAGGAAUACUUAGAUGGAAUUAUAAGAUUAAUUAGCGUACAGCAUAAGCCCAUGAUAUUUCGAACACGCCAAGAUGUUGACUUUUGAAUGCACUUCUUUUCGACGGCCUGCAAAAACUGCAUUCGGUGGGAUGAUUUCUUAAGGAAUAUGGAUUUUUGCCUAUUGAUUUUCGAUGAUCCCAUCAGUUCAAAUAUAUUUUACAGAAAGCAUGCACAAAAACAACCUUUCUUGCGUUCAGUUGGUAGAAAAUUACUUUUUUUAAAGUUUGAUACUCAAAGCAAGGUUGUAUUCGGAUUUUAAAAAAAGGUUUUUUUCUGAAUAAUUGUGAGCCCCAUCUGCCGUUGUAUUUGCGCUUAGGGCUUUCGGUCCACAAGCUGUAUACUCUCCGUAUAAGGGAACUCAUGCAUUCCUCUCUGCUAUCAAAAAGACAGCCUGUAGCGCUCACAAAAUUUUGCAGUGGAUGUGGACCAUGUUUUAGUUGAAGCCUUAUUAAAGUGACUCGAUCUUACUGUGAUAGACAUUGCACGGUCUUAAAAGUCUGAUAGUUAGAAACCUUUUUAAAGCCGAGUCUAGAGUCUAAAAUGUGAAGACGUAAUUUGUUACCAAAUAAGUACAAGAAAGAAUAUUUUUGUGCACGCCUCCCGUAAAAUAUAUUUGGCUUUCUAAGGGCACCUGAAACCAACGGCAAAAUGCAUGCUGCUUAAGUAAUCAUUUUCGGCGGGCGUAGUUUUCGCAGACAGGCGAAAAUAAGUGUAUUCAAAAGCCACCAUCCUGUCAGGCUUGAAAUAUCAUGGAUUUAUGCUGCACGAUAAACAAUAUUGCAUCCGGACUUAAGUAGUCCUUCCUAAUCGAAGCCGGCUUUCAGAAUUUCAGUCAACAUAUAAUGAGAUCGGACACCUUUUGUAUAUCCUUUACCCCCUUAUUCUUUCUCUCACAGCAAGUAAUUAAGUAGCCCCAACUUCUAGGUUUUACUAACCGAUCUUAUCACUGGGUCUUCUCAGCCGGUUUUGUGCAAAAAAGACCAUUUGGCCUAGGUAUUCAUGUGAUCACACAAUAAUCCGUUCUUAACAGCCACCAUGACAACCAGCAUGUUUAUCGUCGUCGUCGUAAGUAGCAAUGUAGCUACCAUGGUCAUCCUUAUAAUUUUUCCUCUGACUUUUCUUGUUUGCACAAUUACGUAGGCGGCCUUUUCGAUUUUUUCUGUAUUCUUUCUCUCUUGACUUUCAGUGGAUUGACGGCAUGAAGGCGGCCGGGGCCACCCAGUACACUUUUCAUCUGGAAGCAUCAUCCGAUGUGAAAACGUGUAUUCGUCACAUCCGCGAGGCCGAUAUGAAGGCGAGUCCUCUCCUCCAUUCGAGCUAGUAAUGCUAAAAUAGGCGCAAGCGAUCUGAUUAACGUCUGAGAAAGAGUUAGCUCCAUCCUCUGGCUUUAUGGAUCGCGAACAGGUAUCUAUCUGCAAAAUUGUGAUCAAUUUAUAUCCGUCCAUUGAAAAGCUCAAAACAGCUGCUGUUGCGGUUUCCCUGUUCUUGUCAGUUAGCCUCUGGCAUCUUAACUGUUUUUUUUAUCGAGUGUAACUGUCGCUAAUCCGUCGUUAGUUAAGUUGUCCAAAACAGUCUUUAAGGUCGUUUCUUUAGGAGACGUUAUUGCGAUGUACAGCAGCUAGCACAAGGCUUCGGACGGCCAGUAGCUCAAACAACACAUCGCUUUACCAAAUAAAGAAUUACCUAAGACAACCGAGAACUCUAAUGAUCUUUUACAGCGAAUUCUCAGCGUCCGACAUCAUUUUUAUCUUUACCGCUCUUCACAAAAAUUUCCGUCUCUGCUACCACAGCCAUUGGAAAAAAAGUCCUGAAUUCAGUCACCUUGCCAUGUGUGUGACCGUCCUUCUUUUGUCUUCUCCUCAAACAGGUUGGCCUUGGCAUUAAACCAAAGACCAAAGUGGAGGAGGUCUUUCCUUACGUGGACCUUGUUGACAUGAUCCUCGUUAUGACAGUCGAGCCAGGCUUUGGCGGCCAGUCGUUUAUGCAAGACAUGUUACCAAAGGCAAGUCUUCAGCAUUUUGCUAUUUACUUCCUCUUUCUCCCUUUCGGCCUUCGCAAAUGACGAGGCAUACUGCUGUUCCACGGGUGCAGCAAUGACUUUCCCCGCAUUUACUUCACUUCGUUCUGCCCACACGGCAGGACAAAAUCAUGACAAUCUGAGAUGGUCCGUAUGGCCUGCUUGCACCUGCCACACACGACCUGACUUCACACCUGCCAGACCUCACUGAGGUCUUUUUUGGGGUCUCGUAAGCGACAGUGCCAUCGAAGUCACCGUAGGACGUAAAGAUUGACACCUGACCCGCAGUCCCCAGUAGAACCUACAUAUUUAGUCAGUUAGCAGUCAUUCGUUUUGCCUAUAUUACACGUAGCUGUGCGCCUGCUAGCGGGGCUUAAGAAAGAGAGUGCCCCAAAGCAUAAGGGAAGAAGUGAGUUUCGUAAUGUGAUCGGUGCGCGCUCCUCUGUCAUUUGUUAAUAUAUCCGAUUGCAACCGACAGGACGACGAGCCCGUGACAGUGGUUAGUGCGCUGGACUUCUAACCAACAGGCUGCGAGUUCAAGCCUCGGGGAUUGCAGGUCUCGAGGCUGGACAUGUCAGGCUGAUGACGACUGACCAGCCAGAAAUGCCCAUUCCAGUCUCCCUUGUCUUUAUCAGUAAUGCUAAUCAAGCCACUACUUUUAGCGCGUCACGAUGGUUUUAUUGUGAGUUUUAACAGUCUACAACGGUGAAACUUUGCGCCUCCAUCAGAGUUGGAACGACCUCACAUGCCAUUGUGCCUAUAUUAUGCGUAACUGUGCGCCUGCUAGCGAGGCUUAAGAAAGAGAGAGCCCCAAAGCACAAUGGAAAGAGUGAGUUCCGUAACGUGAUCGGUGCGCGCCCCUCUGUCAUUGUUAAUAUAUCUGAUCUCAAGCCAUAGGACAGCGAGCCCGUGGCUCAUUGGUUAGAGUCGUUGGACUUCUAACCAGCAGGUUGUGAACCCGGGCUUCGGCGAUUGCAGGCCUCGAGGUUGGACAUGUCAUGCUGAUGACGGCUGACCAGCCAGAAAUGGCCAUUCCAGUCACCCUUGUCUUUAUUGGUAAUGCUAAUCAAGCCACUGCUUUUAGUGCUUCAUGAUAAUUUUAUUGCGAGUUUUAAUAGUCUACCUCGGUGAAGCCUAGCGCCGCCUACUGAGUUGGAACGACCUCACAUGCCAGCGACAAAUCCAAGUCAACCGAUUGGAGAAGGGAUUAGGCGCCUUAACUUGUGUUGCACUAGUCUCCGCCUAAUGCAUGAAACAAACAGGUACAACAACGAUGAAGAACUCACCUGAACCUGGUGCGGCUCAAGUAACAUAUGCCAUGAGCCGGUGUGGCCCUGUUGUAAAAGCACUUCCGACUUCCUUCCUAGCGGUCUGUCAGUCAUGGGACCUCAGCGUGGCGAGUCCAUCAGACGCAGUGCUACAAAUCAAAAGCAGACACCCUGAUACAGUUGGUAAGACAAGACAUGCAGGCACCACCUGCUGACAAAUAGCCACGUGUGUGAUAGAGUGGUGCCCCCUCGAUCAGGUUACGGGGCAUGCUCGUACCGUUAUGCCUUGGGGCUAAUAAGUUAUAGUUCAGCGAAUAUUCCCAUGUUACAAUUGAAAAGUCAAAUUGGCGAACACGUGUUUUCAGUAACUCUUCAUCAGGCCAAAACGGUUACAAUGACGUUUAAGUUAUGCGAAUUACAUGACUUAUAAAUGAUUCGGGGACAAUUAACAUUGAUCGUUCGGUCCGAGGCGCGCUAUGGCGUGGUCGGCGUGUCGUGGUCAGUUGGUUCAGGGGGCGAGGAAAAGAGGGGGCAUAGGCUGUGAGUACGUCGGGUACCUUGUGCACACACCCUGGCAUCAGGAGGUUGGGGCGACGUUGGGGUCGGCGUCGGCCACGGAAGACAGAGCGUCUGUGUCAGAGUCUUCUGACAGCAUAGCACUGGCUUGGCUAGCCGUAUAGCCACUGCCUCAGCUGUAGCUAGCACCCGUUGGCGUAGGCCUUUGGAGAAACCUGAUGGUGUCCGGUAGACAAUCUGAAAGGCUUCUUUGGCAUCGACUCGGUGUUUCGUAUCGACGAGAUGUGCGAGAAUAGAACUCGAGAUCGAUUUCUUCUCACCUUUGCCUAGCCAGGCCGGUAUGUGUUCACGUACUCUCUUUUCCAAGCGCCUCGUUGUACGGCCAAUGUAUCCCGCUCCACAGGAGCAAGUGAAUGAAUAAAUAUACAUCGAUGUGGCCUGCAACGGGAGUCGGUCUUUACCUCCCAAGCGUAGGAGAGGAGAGUUGGCGAAACACACACGUAAGUUCGCCGCGGGGAAAGCGCUAGUGAUCGCUGUCUUCAGACGUCUUUUUACUAGUUCACUUGCUGCGUCCCCUUGAAAAGGCAAUCUUAUAAAUAAGUCCUUCUUUUCUGCAGUUGCCAUGGUAGGCUUUGCAGUGCGCUCCCCUAUAUUUCGAAGGAUAAAUCUUUCUGGGUAUCCGUUUUCGUGGAGUGUAUCCCGCAGCUGCUGCAGUUCUGCCUCCACAGUCUCAGGAGAGCAGAUACGUCGCACUCUAGCUGCCAAUCCUUGGACCAAGUUGCGUUUAAUAUUAAGGGGAACAAAACUGUGAAAGUUAAUGUAUUGUCCCGUCCAGGUUUUCUUUCGGAAUACUCUACGUUGGAUAGACCUAUCCUCUUGUCUGUGCAGAAGAACGUCGAGGAACGCGAUUUCAUUGUUUGCCUCAAACUCUGCAGAGAACGUUAGCGAGGGGUGUGAAUUGUUGAAUUUUUGAAUCAGGACGUCUGUGUCGGCGGUAACAUCCGUCAGGGAGAAAGUAUCGUCCACGUACCGACCGUAGAAGCUGAGGUAAUUAAUGGUGUCUUGUAAACUUGUCAUCUCGACUUUGCCCAUGAAGACAUUUGCGAGGAAUGAGCCGAGCGGUGAGCCCAUCGCUACGCCGUCUAUUUGCCUGUACAAUUGGCCAUUGCAGAGAAACUGGACGUUUUGCGUGCACCGUGUCAGUAGCUCUUUUAGCGUCUCCAACGGCAUGCCUAACGGGUAGUUCGUGUCGCGGAUAACGUCACAAAGGUAGUUUAUUGUUUCGGCUAUGGGUACUUUGGUAAACAAUGAUGCUACGUCUAAAGAUAGCGUCCUCCGUCCGUCAACGUUAAUAUGACUUUGCAGCGGUUUAAGCUUUUCGACUAGCCACUUUGCUAUGGUGUGAUAGGGCGAAUUCCUCAUAUCCAAGAUCGGACGUAGGGGUAGUCCGUGUUUGUGAAUUUUUGGAAGGCCGUACAUUCUGGGUAUGGCCGUGCCCACUGGUCUUAGUCGCUCAUAUUCUUUGUCAGAUAAAUGACCUUCUUUGUGGAGAACUUUGAGGACCGCCGUCAGUUGACCUUCAACGGCCUCGGUGCGGUCCCUGUCUUUCUCGGAUUUCGAGAAUUUGGUACGAUCCGACAAGAUUGCUUCUAGUUUUUCUUCGUACUCUUUUCUAUCCAUCAGUACAACUCCUGAACCCUUAUCCGGCCUGGUUAGCACAAUGUUUUCGUUUUUACGAAGUUCGCUGAGGCUAUCGAGAUGGGCCCUUGUUAAUGGACCUUUGUUUUUUGGAGCCUUUCUUAAGUACUGUUGACAGCAAUUAACCAUAGUCGACUUCAGAUAGUCUACUUCUCUAGGCCCGCUAGGUUUUAGAUCGGCAGUCUGACUGAAGACUUUCAAAUUAGACUUCUAACUCUAGCUGCUUCGGCAUACGCCGUGCAUUGCAAAACCUAGGACCAAGAGAUAGUACCUCUAUGAGAGUUUUGUCAAGCUGUACUGAAGAAUAGUUAUAAACGUGCCGUUCCGGAUUAUUCGGAAGGGCCGUCUGAGCCUUCACUGGUUGGACACUUCGAAGGAGCUUAGUCGACCUCGCCUCGAUUCUUUUACUUCUGACAGUUUGCACGGUACGUUCAUAACUAUUCCUCAGUACAGCUUGAAAAAACUCUCAUAGAGGUACUAUCUCUCGGUCCUAGGUUUUGCAAUGCACGGCGUAUGCCGAAGCAGCUAGAGUUAGAAGUCUAAUUCGAAAGUCUUCAGUCAGACUGCCGAUCUAAAACCUAGCGGGCCUAGAGAAGUAGACUAUCUGAAGUCGACUAUGGUUAAUUGCUGUCAACAGUACUUAAGAAAGGCUCCAAAAAACAAAGGUCCCUUAACAAGGGCCCAUCUCGAUAGCCUCAUGCGAGUGGCGUGGGAACGAUCGAUGUUAAUUGUCCCCGAAUCAUUUAUAAGUCAUGUAAUUCGCAUAACUUAAACGUCAUUGUAACCGUUUUGGCCUGAUGAAGAGUUGCUGAAAACACGUGUUCGACAAUUUGACUUUUUAAUAAGUUAUAAAUGGCUAUCUCGGUCUCCCUUAUCUUUAUCGGUACCCCGUUAUCAUUAUAAGCCUCAUGUGUGUCCAAACGCCCAGACGACUGGCAGUGAAAUGUGACCUCUAACCUAGCGUGCUGGCACGGGCCCCGUUAUGGAUUAACAGAGGGCGCCCUUUGGAGGAGAUCUUGCACAACGUCAAGCUAACGCACAAAAUUGAUAACGGGCAAUAACAAAGACGAUCAACUUUUUGACGCAUUUCCUUCACCUGCCCGUUACAGGUACGCACUCUGCGUGAAAGGUAUCACAGUCUGAACAUUGAAGUCGACGGCGGCGUCGGACCGAAAACAAUUCGCGAAUGCCUCAAGGUGAGUUAUGUUCGUGCAUUGUUUUCUUCGUCUGUGGGGCUCUGGUGGUCGCUCUAAGCAUAACGUCUGUGUAACGGUCUGCGAUGCAGAAUGAACUGAAGUUGGGUGACCUCCUCCAUGAGAGCUGACAAUGCCUUCAGUUGACAUCACUCAUCACUCCUCAUUGACCGAUUUUGGCAUACUUCUAGACUAAAAUGACCCUAAAUUUAAACGCAGCCUGGACGAUUCGCAAGAAAGUAAAGCCCGAAGGUCUAACACAUACCUGGAUUGAUAGCUCACAUGAAAAGAAUACUUCCCCCGCUUGGUGGUGAGCAAGUAGUUGUUGGAUAGGCUACUAAAAAACAUCAUAGGACUUGCAAAGUUUGAUUUCUUCCUAUAGCCCUCCUAGAAGUGCGCAAUAUGGAAAGCCUCACGUUAAUAAAUAAUUUGGAGCCAAAUGAUCAACCCUCUUUCACGCAAUUGAUCACCUUGCUGCGUCCGAUGUCCUGCGACUUUGCCGCACAAACCGCCUUGCCUGGUCCGUGGCUGUGACCGCCAGCCCCUUGCUGUUCCAUUUGGUGUCAGUCUCGGUAAUUUACUUGCGAUACGGAUCCCUUUCAAUAUGGCUUCGACAGUUAGUUUUCACUCCAGAUCGUUUCGUGGUUCGCGCCUAGUCGCCAUCCUCGUUUUGAGACAUAAUCUUGCUUCCGGCGGCCACAGACACUCGUACUUUCAGUGAAACCGCUCGCCAAAAUGACCUUUCAGAUGGGGACGGGGUGGUGGCAGUGAUGCUUUAGGCAUCGGCGUGAUGAACACCACGACUUCCGCUGACACGGGGGGUGGGUGCCAGACAGACGCUGUAUGCCGUUCACUGGGCUCCUUCGGCUGGGGCCUGUGUGAUAGCUGCGAACGUACUUACCGUUGACAACCGUUCUCGCACUAGACUGCACAACCACCGAUAUUUCAAGACUGCACUCUGUCGUUCGUUUUAUCAGCAGGUCAGAUUGCACCGAAGCACGGACAUAUUCAUUUAUCGUCAACGUAAACAACCCCAUGCCCGCCUUGUUUGAUCUUGAAAAAAACCUUCGUAGAUGUUUAGUCGAAUGUGAGGGUUUUCCCUCCAGUUUCUUUUAUCUGAAUGUCAUCCCAGCAAAUUAUCUGUUUCAAGGCCUUAUUCUGCCGCGCCGACGGUCAUACCCAACAGCAGGUUUUGGAACCCCUGAGGGUAAUAUAUCGGAAAUGGCUACUCCAGUCUCACUUUGUCAGUAAUGAUACGCUGCUUAUAAUAUUAGCUACUGAGUGGCUGCUGGUGGGGCUCGACCUUGAACCCUCAGGCACAACAAGAUACGUGUGUCCCCUAACAUGAUCGGUGUGCGCCUCUCUACCAGCACAGUUUACUUUCCUUUUUAACCUGGGAUCAUUUAUCACAACUUUCCAUGUACAGUAGCUGGCCUAUCUCACCAAGUGUUAACCGAGACUCCGGAAUAUGUUUUCGACCAGGAAUUGUUACUUAGGUGGGGUUGUAAUAAUAAUUGUCGUAUAGCGUAAUCCUUAGAUGUUUCAGCCACACCAGGAUGCUUGCUUUUGAAUGAGUUUCUUUCCCACCGCCUGCAAAACCACUUUCAGUACAAAAUAACUACUUAGGCAGUAAGACUUUCCCAUUUCUUUUUGAUGCCCCUUUGAAGUCAAAUAUAUUUCAUAGGAAACAUUCACAAAACGACUAUUUCUUAUACUCGGUUGGUAGCAGAUUGCUUGUUCUUAAAAUGGUACACUUGAAUAAGCGUAACUUUCGCUUUUAAAACUUUUCAUUCUUGACCAAUUCUGAACCGUACCUGGGUUUGCACUCACGCUUAGAGUUCCCAAAAUGCAAACUGCAUACUUUCCACGUUGGGACAGUCCUACAUCCUUCUAUGUUGUUAAGAAGAUACGGUAUAGGACUCAUAGUUUUCUUCAAUAGAUAUGGACUAUGUUCUAUACUUCAUAAGGAACACUGAUAAACAGACAGAUACGAUGCUCUGUAAAUGGACAUUACGCGGUCCUAAAAUUCCCAUAGUUUGAAGCUUUUUUAAAACCUAGGUAUGCCAUUUCGUCAGAUGCAAAGUCUGAAGAGGACGCAGUUUGCUACCAAAUGAGUACAGGAAAGAACAUCGUGGGCAUGUUUGCUAUAAAAUAUAUUUGAAUUGGCGAGGGUAUUGAAAAUCAGCGAGGAAGAUUCAUCCUACCUAAGUAGCCGUAGAAUUCCUUGCUAGACGAGUAACACGUAUAAGCCUAAACAGAUUUCGGUGUAUAAGCGAUACUAUUGAUAGAGUAAGGUAAUAAUAAAAAACGUACAAACCUCAACAAUGGAUACCCUAGACAAAGAAUCCUGCUGUUACUGUUCGAGCAAAUUGAAUUCCCAGCUCAAGGUUAGAAUACAAAAACUAGCUAAUUAAAAGAACGCCGAUCACGCUCAGAAGCGGGUUACAAAAAGGGGAAAAGGGAAUACCAACAUAGGGCAAAAGUGGAAGCACUUGCGAAGAGGGCGCGGAGAAUUUGAAACGUUGACCAACUGGAUACAACAGUAACCACUUUUUAUCGAGUGUAGAUUUUGCAGCCGGCCAGAAGGAAGGCCAUUCAAAAACCAGCAUCCUGCCGUGACCGAAACAUCUUGGGACAAUGCUACACGAUAAUCGAUAUUAAACUCCGCCUAAAUAAUCUCUUCCAAUCAAAAACGAAUUUCAGAACUCCACUUGAUACUUUAUGUGAUAGACCAGCUGCUGUGUGUCACAGAACGUUUUAGUAGUUAUUCAUGAUUCCUUAAAGGUGCGUCGUCUGUUAGGGCUUUUCUCAAAGAUUGAAGUGAAAUUGUGUGAAAUACCCCAAUACUCUGUUUAUGUCUUUGGAGAGUUUGACAUCGACACACACCAGCUGUUUAAGAGCAGUGCUUUUCGUUGAAAAAAACACAGAUGCUUGAUAGAAAAAUCGACAUGCAUUCAUAGAAUUUAGUGUACACAUUAUCACACAUACAUCACAGAAGGUUAUUCAGUAUAACCGCCUGCAGCCUCGGGGGCCUUCGCUAUUGACACCAAAUAGUUCUUACAGUCUUCUAUAGCCGACUUUGCCAUCAGUUUUCGAAGUUGACAAAAGCAGUCGUCGCUGCCGGACCUAUCUGAAGGUGCCUGGGUGCAGAGUUCCUGGGCUGAUGUGGUCAUUACAGCACUCGGGCUGCAGCCCGAGACCGAAUUCCUUCGCUCAGAUCUGUGUACGUUUACGAGAUCGAUGCGCCUAGCGAUUGGCACUUUGGGCGCAGAUGAAAGGGAGAGCUUCCGACCUGUACUGGCAAGGGCGUAUUCUGACGCGUAAGCGUUUCCGGUACAACGCACCGACUUACAGUGCGUGACCUAUCUCAUGAAAUGUUGGCUGAAAUUCUGAAAUGCAUUUUCGAUUAGGAAGGAUUACUUGGUCGCGGUUGUGAUACUGAUUAUCCUAAGGCAUACUCUUAUAACAUUUCGGACUCGGCAGGGUGUCGGCUUUUAAAUGAACUUCUUUUCAAUUUCCUGUAGAAAGCGCGCUCAGUAAAAAACGACUACUUAAGUAGCAUGUAUUUUUCCCAUUGAUUUUCGAUGGUCUUGUAAAUUCAAAUAUAUUUUAUAGAAACCACAAACAAAAAUAUGCUUUCUUUUAGUUAAUCAAUAGAGAAUCACGUCUUCUUUAUAUUUUAUACUUAAGAAAGGAGUAUAAUUAGGUUUUAAAAUUUUUCUAAUUGCCAAAAAAUUUGGUGUCUGAUCAUCCGUUGCAUUAGCGCCUAGUGAUUACACUCUACAAGGUGCAUGCGUUCCGCGUAAAGAAAAUCCCAUAUUUUUCUAUGUCAUUAAAGAGAUAUCAUACAGGGUCCAUAAAAUUUUGCAAUGGAUGCGGACCAUUUUGUACAUUUAAUGAGGAGCAGUGGCAAACGGCCAGGUACGAUGCUAUGUGAAUGGGCAUAUCGCGGUCUUAAAAAGUCUCAUAAUUAGAAACUUUUUUAAAACCUAAUUAUACUCCUUCCUUAAGUAUAAAAUAUAAAUAAGACGUGAUUCUCUAUUGAUUGACCAAAAGAAAGCAUAUGUGUGUUUGUGGUUUCUAUAAAAUAUAUUUGAAUUUACAAGACCAUCGAAAAUCAAUGGGAAAAAUGCAUGUUACUUAAGUAGUCGUUUUUUACUGAGCGCGCUUUCUACAGGAAAUUGAAAAGAAGUUCAUUUAAAAGCCGACACCCUGCCGAGUCCGAAAUGUUAUAAGAGUAUGCCUUAGGAUAAUCAGUAUCACAACGGCGACCAAGUAAUCCUUCCCAAUCGAAAACGCAUUUCAGAAUUUCGGCUAUCAUUUCAUGAGAUAGGUCACGCACUGUACUAUCGUGUGUCCAGGUAUGGACUGACCAACUUGAUUGGUCGCAUGAUCAGGUCAACAAAUGUUCGUGGAGAUGCUGGAGAGGUAUUCAUAGGUGACAAGCCACCGAUACUGCUGGACGAGGCUCAGCAGACUUCCACCAUUGUGUCAGAGAGAACCAAGCCCAGAGCGGCAAAUGGGACGAGUGUUUGAAAAAUCGGCUGGUUCUGUCCGGCCGUUCCAGAUCCCACCAACAAUUAGUAUAUCGCGGUGACGAAGUCUUUCAAGUAGUUGUUGCAGCUGUGCGUGGACAACAUUCAAUCUGACACAACAAUAGCCCAUUAAGCUGUGCCCAUCCGAACAGUGGUUUAUUCGCCUGUUUCAUGAGAAUGACUGCCACAUCGAGGAAUCGCAAAUACUGUCUUCAUAGGGUGAUGAAGGUUAAAGUGGAGAUUUUGAAUGUUCGGCAUCCCAGUUUGUCAGAUACGGAUUUUACUAAGAUAGAAGAUGUUCACAAUGUGCUAGCCUGUCAGGCUUUGGAUAUCAGGGUCGGAGAACCUUCGCACAGUUAUUGUGUCUGACUGUUCGGAUUAGUUUAUUUGUCCCGAUUUCUCCACUGGUGAUGCGACCCUGCCGUAGCCUGAACAACGCUUCUGCCGAUAUUGCAAAGCAGAGCUUUCUCAGACGAAAAGUGGUAUUUAGGGAGUAAAAUAUUUCAUAGAGCAAAAUUUCGGAAAUCCGGUCUUCCUGCGGUCGAAGGAAGCAUACUCCGGGACCGGGUAGAAUCACCAAGCCGCCCGCUGUUGAACAAUUUAUAUUUGUCUGCGCGAGUUUACAUCUGUGUUUCUUUUAGACCACAGUUUCUUAAACAACCAAGGCGUUCUCUUCAUUCAAGACUAAUCCUUUCCCUAUUUUCCUGGUAGAGCGGAGCAAACAUGAUCGUUUCUGGAAGCGCCAUUACAAAUGCGGAGGACCCUUCUGCCGUUAUUCGUGCGAUGCGAUCAACUGUGGUCGAGGCGGUUGUUUAG